AUGUCCCAACUUUAUGGCGUGUAUGGCGCAGUCCGAGGAAGCCCAGCCGACGACGGCGAGGUCACCUGCAGCUGCGGGCAGCCACGCAAGCGGGUUAUUUUCAAUAGGCUUCUGGGAGGCGCCUUUGCAGGGGGGGCGCCGGCGGCGCUUGAAUGUUUUCAAGGAGACUCCCUGGGCGCUGCUUGGGAAGUGUGGAACACCACGGCGGAAGCUGCGGGGGACGAGGAGCAGCUCUUAGACUUGAUCUGCGAAGCCAACGAGCUGCAAGACGCCCUGCGGAACUUCGAGAGCUUCGAGGCUUUCUGGGAUCCUUCGUGGAGCUUUCGCUACAACGAGGUCUCGCUGAAGCCGGUGGCUGAGAGUUGCUGGAUGUUGCGUGAGCUGCUGCCACCCGACGCGUGCCGAGAUCUGUUUCGCGCAGUGGCCAGCCGCGGCUUUGGAGCGGACGCCGGCGACGCAAGCCGCUUCGGGCAGCGCUCCAUCCUUCCCGGGCGCGUGCUGCGAUCGGACGACGAGGCGCUGGCCCAGCUCCUUUGGCAGCGGGCGGCCACUGUGGCUUUGCCCCUGCUGCGCGCCAAGCCGGGCUGGCACGCUGCGGAGUUGGACAGCCGUAUCACCUACGAGGAGCUGCCUGGCGGGGAGGCAGCCUGGCGGGUGGACAACCAGGACUGCGAUGACCGCGACGAUUUCAAGCCUUUCUUCUCCCUGCUGCUCUGCGUCUGCACGGCCGAGCAUGACGGAGCAGGUGGUGUCUUCUUCCGCCCAGACGCGGAGACCGCGCCGGUGCCCCUGGUCCCUGGCGCUGGCGUGCUUUUCCCCAGGAGUCAAGCCUUCCGCUACCAGAUCCAUCAGUCAGACUCAGACUCAGGGACCCGGUCGGCGGCGGUGGCCCACAUGAAGGUGCUUUUUGGCCAAGAUGGCUGA